AUUUUCAGUCAGAAAGAAACACAUAAUUAGAGGGAUAUCCUCUUAAAAAUGGAGUACGAUGAUUAAAGAAAAUUAUUUCUCUGCCGUUUUUCUUUUUACAUUUUCACUGACUUAAAGUCACUGUUAUGAAACCUUGAGAGAGUCGAGGCACAAAAGAGUAAUUUAAUAUUGUUGCACUGUGUUAUGAUUUGUGGACGAGGAAAACUGCAAGUAGGACGGCAGGUGUAUUGAUGAGUGUAGCAAUGGAAAGGGGAAAAAAGCUAAAUGUGAACCUUUCCCUUCUUCGCUUUUGAAAUGAGCUCUCAAAGCUUUCAGUCUUCACCCAAACCUUCAUGAUAACAGCAUAAUCUUAAUGUAAAUGAGAUAGAUAACACUAUCCUAUUAGGGAUUUUGAGCUAUUUUUCACCCAUAACAUGUCUUCUUUCUGAUUUCUGGUGGAAAUAUAAAUAUUUAGGUAGCUUUGUUUUUUUUUACUAAAUUUGAUCUAUUUGCACCUGUUGAUUUCUCUUAAAUUCACUAAAAGUUAUCGUUCUGUUUUAGCAUGUAGCACCCUGAGCGUAGUCUAAACCUUUGUUUGAAGUCUCUGCACAAUAUAAUGUGUUUUACAUGUUCUAUAUUGUUGUUGUUGUUGUUGUUGUUGUUGUUGUUGUUGUUGUUGUUGUUGUUUUAACUUAGAUUCAAUAUUUUUUCUUCAAAUAGUCACUUCCAUUAAGAAUGUAUAAAAACCUUUAAAGGCCGUUUUCUCAGAAUAAUUUUUUAUCUCAGCUUCAGCUCCACUUACAGACACCAAGCUUACCAGUUUUAUUCCUAACUAUAUUCUGAAGGUUUUCACAGAGAGCUUUGUCUAGAUAUCAUGCAUUAUCUGAUUUAUACGAUUUUUUCUUCCUAAAAACAUGUCAAAAUCUGUUUUUUAUGGCUUUUGACAGUAUUUUCUGAUUUAUGAAACGAUAGAAGCAGAUAUUCCAAUUUCCUUCUGUAAAAAACAACAACAUUGAAUCUAAUAUAUCAACAAAAUAAAAUAAUAACUUUGAAAUUUGAUUUAUCCAAUGUUCAGAUUUAUGUCCUGGAAAUAUAUACAAAUUAGUGCAUAUUUAAUGAGUUCACGCCUCCUUUGCAUAUCUCAGCAUAAAAUGUCAAAAAACUAUUAUAACUAUUAUAAAAUAUUGUCUUAAUGUAAAUUUAAAAAACAAAGCGAUGUGUUAAAAAUUACCCUGCUCACCUGUUAAUUUGCAUCUAAGAAAAGUCGAAAUGGUGCAUUUAAGUUCACCUGAUCAUGAAACAUGAACAACACUGGCCAUGUUUUUUUCCCCUCUCCUUGAGUAAUUAUUCUGUUCAAAUAGCAUAUAUUUCUCUCCAGGCAGAGAGUGCUCGGGCUGAAUGGAUGCUGCCACUGCAUAAUGGUCCUCAGACGUUUGUUUCCUUGGCAACGUGGGGAGGGCAUGUGAAGAGGGAGGUAUAAAAACACUGGCAGCUCCUCUCUGAGUCUUACUCUGAGCUGCUCCAGCGAGGAUGAUGCGGCCGAAAGAUUUACGCCAGGGCUCCGGCACCAAGACCUUCCUAGACGCCAUGCACGGUGGAAAGGUUCACCUGGCGCGCUUCAUCCUGGAUGCCUUGGACGGACGCAUCAUCAACUCUAAGACAGAAAACAGCCGCACCCCACUCAUGUUCGCCGUCUGCCUGCAAGACCCCGGGACCCGGGCCAAGUUCACCCGGCUGCUGCUGGAGAAGGGAGCCGACGUGAACUGCCAGGACGAGGACGGCCGCACCGCGCUGAGCCACGUCUGUGAACUGGGUCACCUGGAUGUGGUCAGGCUUUUAGUGCAGUUCAAUGCUGACCCAGACGUCUUGGACGCCUGGGGUAACAGCGCUCUGAUGUAUGCUGCCUUUUCUGGGCACAGCCAGGUUCUGGAGUUCCUGGUCCGGGCUUUUAAAAGACUUGGACUGAGGCUGGACAGAACCAAUAAUGCUGGUCAUUCAGCCAUCGAGGUGGCCAACUUCUUUGGACACAACCAGUGCGUGAAGAUCUUGAACUUUGCUUGCAGGAGAGGUGUUGGCACAGAUGAUCCACUUGCAGAUUCGGGUACCAUCGGUGAAGGAGAGAGUCAGCUGCCCAACAGGCUCCCUAGACAUGUUCUGGAGAGGUUCUCCAAGCAGCUGAGUAACAAUGAAGACCAACUACCUGGGGUGUUUCAGAGGCAGCUGAAGAUUGGAGAUAGCAGCAGGCUGUGGAGCCGCUUCAGAUGCCCCAGGAGCCAGUCUCAAGACGACAACCAUCGGCACAGCUGGGCUCUGCCUCCUCAUGUGGAGAAAAGCAAGACUGAGGGGGAUCAGAGUGUUCUCUUCACUGCCAAACAACUGCAAAACUGCCAGCUUAGAGAGCGAAGAGCUAAAACUCUGAACUCUCUGCCCGAGCCGAGCCAGAAGGAUGUCAGCCGAGACACUGGACUCCUAAGGCAAACACCAGCAAGUUUCCCUCUCUGGGGGAAAGCAAAGUCAUUUAACCUGGACCUUCUGAGCAGCAGAAAGCAGUCCUAUCAGGGUGAUGUGCGUGACAUGAGCCUGUCAGCCAGCAAAUUAAAGAGAGCCUCGCUACAGGAUGAGAGAUGCCUGAUAGACAAGAUGGAAUGUCAAAGGAACACCCGAGGUCUGACAAACGAUGCUGACAAAACUGUCUCCGUGCCAAAACCUCUUUUAAGUGGCAAGACUCAGCCGGUGAGAACACUCGAGGAGAAAUCACAGAGAGAGGAGGCAAAUGACUCCGUCGCUCUGUCUGGCAGAAGAGAGCAGCAGAAGAGGGGAAGCUUUGGCCUGGCCAGCAGACACAACAAGCUGCUGUUUGCCAGAGGGGAGAUGGAGUCCGGGAUCCCAGGCCGUACGCCGGGGUUCAUGGGUCUGGGGACCAGACUGCUGCGGCGAUUCACCGCGCCAGAGUUCAUGAGGAUGGUGAAAGACUGUUCAUCUGGCUCUUCAAGCGGCCGAGGGCAGAUUUCCCGCUCCGAGACCUUCCCUCUCCCUCACACACACCAGCAGGUCAACAGCCAGCCGAGCAUGGACAGCAUCAGUGGAGUUAAGUGUGAGUUUGAAAGCUGCUCGUCUCAGUCCGCCCUCGAUUAGACUGAGGACUCCGUCGAGAAGUAGAAAAUGGCUGGUAGGGAAAUUUUCUCAGAACCCCAAGAUUCUGAAAAUGCAGUCUGAUUGCUGCCGAUAUAUUCUGUUUAUUGAGGGAAAUAAUAAUAUUUUGCUUAUGUUGCAUUCAAUGUUUAUCGAUAAAAAGCGAGGUUUUGAAGCUCAUUGUUCAGCUGCAUACAAUUUUGAAAUACUUUAUAAAUCGGUCUGUGAGCUUCUGAAAAAAAAAUUGUUUCACAUAUAUGCGAUUUAUAUUCUAUGGAAUUAAAUGUAUUUGAUAUCGCUUCUGUGUUUAUAAGAAAUAUUGUAUGUAUUUUGCUGAAAGAUAUUCACUGACAGUGCACUGUAUAAUUCUUGCUGAAUAUCUAAUAAAUAAUUUAAAACAGUG